AUGGAAAAUCUACUUAAGCUCCAGUUUGUAAGCAUUGGCCACAAUAUGCUUGGAAGUGGUGGCCCUGACGACUUGGGCUUUCUCACUUCGUUGACAACUGCCACCAGUUUGAGGAUGUUGGAUAUGGAGCAUAAUAAGCUUGGUGGAACUCUUCCUGCAUCCAUCAGCAACUUGUCGACAAACCUCGAACUAAAAAUAAAUUUGACGGUUUUAUUCUGUUUUCGAGUUCUUAAUCAAGAUGGAACUAUUGUUGCUAUAAAGAUACUUAACCUUUUGCGCCAAGGGGCUUCUAAGAGUUUUCUUGCUGAGUGCGAAGCCUUAAGAAACAUCAGGCAUCGAAAUCUUGUGAAGGUGGCCACUGCAUGUUCAGGUGCUGAUUACCAAGGGAAUGAUUUCAAGGCACUGGUUUAUGAGUUCAUGGUCAAUGGGAACUUAGAGGAGUGGUUGCAUCCAAUUCAAGGAGAAUUUGAGGUGAAUGAGGAAAUAGGAAUUUAA